AUGUCCCAGCGCUUCGUGGUGACGCCCGCGGCGGGCGGGGCGGGGGACGCGGGUCCCAGGCCCGGGGGCGACGGCGGUCAAAGCUCCAGCUCCGGCCAGGGCCCCGACGCGGACCCCGCACCCUCCCCGGAGCCGCCGGGGGUGGACGCGCUGCCCAUCCUGCGCUACUGCCGGGAGCCGAGCCGCUACUGCGGAGAUGGACACCCCAGGGAAAGCAGCCCGUUCAUCAGCCGCGGGGAGGCGGACACAGAGAGCGUCUACGAAGGGAAGAACAUGGCGCUCUUCGAGGAGGAGAUGGACAGUAACCCGAUGGUGUCCUCGCUGCUCAACAAGCUGGCCAACUACACCAACCUGAGCCAGGGCGUGGUGGAGCAUGAGGAGGCAGAGGAUAGCCGGCGGCGCCAGGCCAAGAGCCCUGGCAUGGGCACCUUCAUCGGCGUCUACCUGCCCUGCCUGCAGAACAUUCUGGGCGUGAUCCUCUUUCUGCGCCUCACGUGGAUCGUGGGAGCGGCUGGCGUGCUGGAGUCCUUCCUCAUUGUGUCCAUGUGCUGCACCUGCACGAUGCUGACCGCCAUCUCCAUGAGCGCGAUUGCGACCAACGGCGUGGUCCCAGCGGGCGGCUCCUACUACAUGAUAUCGCGGUCUCUGGGGCCGGAGUUCGGGGGGGCCGUGGGCCUCUGCUUCUACCUGGGCACCACAUUUGCGGGGGCCAUGUACAUUUUGGGGACCAUUGAGAUCUUUUUGACCUACAUCUCCCCCGGCGCGGCCAUCGUGCACCCCGAGGGCGCAGGGGGCGAGGCCGCAGCCCUGCUACACAACAUGCGUGUGUACGGGACCGGCACGCUGGCCCUCAUGGCCACGGUGGUCUUCGUGGGCGUCAAGUACGUCAACAAGCUGGCCCUGGUGUUCCUGGCCUGCGUGGUGCUCUCCAUCCUCGCCAUCUACGCCGGCGUCAUCAAAACUGCCUUCGACCCGCCCGACAUCCCGGUCUGUCUGCUGGGGAACCGCACGCUGUCGCGACGUGGUUUCGACGUCUGUGCCAAAGUCCACACCGCCAACAACGGCUCAGCGACCACCGCGCUCUGGGGCAUCUUCUGCAACGGCUCCGCAGACAGCACUUCCUGCGACCAGUACUUCCUCCACAACAACGUCACCGAGAUCCAGGGCAUCCCAGGCGUGGCCAGCGGUGUCCUCCUGGACAACCUGUGGAGCGCGUACGCGGACAAGGGGGCGUUUGUGGAGAAGAAGGGGGUGCCCUCAGUGGCCGUGCCGGAGGAGGCCCGUGCCCGCGGGCUGCCCUACGUGCUCACCGACAUCAUGACCUACUUCACCAUGCUGGUCGGCAUCUACUUCCCGUCCGUGACCGGCAUCAUGGCAGGCUCAAACCGGUCUGGGGACCUCAGGGAUGCGCAGAAGUCCAUCCCCACCGGGACCAUCCUGGCCAUCGUGACCACGUCUUUCAUUUACCUCUCCUGCAUCGUGCUUUUCGGGGCCUGCAUCGAAGGCGUGAUCUUACGAGAUAAGUUCGGGGAGGCCCUGCAGGGGAACCUCGUCAUCGGGAUGCUGGCCUGGCCGUCGCCCUGGGUCAUCGUCAUCGGCUCCUUCUUCUCCACCUGCGGGGCCGGCCUGCAGAGCCUGACUGGGGCGCCACGCCUGCUGCAGGCCAUCGCCCGGGACUCCAUCGUCCCCUUCCUGCAGGUGUUUGGCCACGGGAAGGCCAACGGGGAGCCCACGUGGGCCCUGCUGCUCACGGCGCUCAUCUGCGAGACGGGCAUCCUCAUCGCCUCCCUGGACAGCGUGGCCCCCAUCCUGUCCAUGUUUUUCCUCAUGUGCUACAUGUUCGUGAACCUGGCCUGUGCCCUGCAGACGCUGCUGCGCACGCCCAGCUGGCGCCCACGCUUCAAGUACUACCACUGGACUCUAUCCUUCCUGGGCAUGAGCCUCUGCUUCGCCCUGAUGUUCAUCUGCUCCUGGUACUACGCACUGUGCGCCAUGCUUAUCGCCGGCUGCAUCUACAAGUACAUCGAGUACCGCGGGGCCGAGAAGGAGUGGGGCGACGGCAUCCGCGGGCUGUCCUUGAAUGCCGCUCGCUACGCCCUGCUGCAUGUGGAGCAUGGCCCGCUGCAUACCAAGAACUGGAGGCCCCAGGUGCUGGUGCUACUGAACCUGGACGCCGAGCAGCACGUGAAGCACCCCCGCCUGCUCUCCUUCACGUCGCAGCUCAAGGCCGGCAGGGGCCUGACCAUCGUGGGCUCCGUGCUGGAGGGCACCUUCCUGGACAAGCAUGUGGAGGCCCAGCAGGCCGAGGAGAACAUACGGGCCCUGAUGAGCGCUGAGAAGACCAAGGGCUUCUGCCAGCUGGUGGUGUCGUCCAGCCUGCGGGACGGCAUGUCGCACCUCAUCCAGUCGGCCGGCCUGGGGGCCAUGAAGCACAACACGGUGCUCGUGGGCUGGCCCGGGGCCUGGAAGCAGGAGGACAACCCCUCCUCCUGGAGGAACUUCGUUGACACCGUGCGUGACACCACAGCUGCCCAGCAGGCCCUGCUGGUGGCCAAGAACGUGGACCUGUUCCCCCACAACCAGCAGCGCUUCAGCAGCGGGCACAUCGACGUCUGGUGGAUCGUCCACGACGGGGGCCUGCUCAUGCUGCUGCCCUUCCUGCUGCGGCAGCACAAGGUGUGGAGGAGGUGUCAGAUGCGCAUCUUCACGGUGGCCCAGGUGGACGACAACAGCAUCCAGAUGAAGAAGGACCUGCAGACCUUCCUGUAUCACCUGCGGAUCAGCGCCGAGGUGGAGGUGGUGGAGAUGGUGGAGAAUGACAUCUCAGCCUUCACCUACGAGCGGACGCUGAUGAUGGAGCAGCGGUCGCAAAUGCUGAAGCAGAUGCAGCUGUCCAAGACAGAGCAGGAACGGGAGGCUCAGCUCAUCCACGAUAGGAACACGGCUUCCCACUCGGCCAUGACCACCAGGGCCCAGGCCCCGUCCACGCCCGACAGGGUGCAGAUGACCUGGACGAAGGAGAAGCUGGUUGCUGAGAAGCAUCGGAACAAGGACACCACCAUGUCCGGGUUCAAGGACCUCUUCAGCCUGAAGCCAGAAUGGGGAAACCUGAACCAGUCCAAUGUGAGGAGGAUGCACACGGCCGUGCGGCUCAACGGCGUCGUCCUGGACAAGUCACAGGACGCCCAGCUGGUCCUGCUGAACAUGCCGGGGCCCCCCAAGAACCGGCAGGGGGAUGAGAACUACAUGGAGUUCCUUGAGGUCCUGACCGAGGGGCUGAACAGGGUGCUGUUGGUCAGGGGCAGCGGCCGGGAGGUGGUCACCAUCUACUCCUAG